CUGUCAAGCGUGCAACGAACCACACCUCGUGGUGUGCAUAUUAAGGCUGGGCACAACAGAACGUCAUUGUAACAUCAUCUGUGGAAUCCUAAAACGCGUCGGAGAUGGUGGGACUGGGGAACGAUUCGGACGAUGAAGUCGAGGUGUUGGAUCUCACGACUCCGUUGCCUCCCGCCUCAAGGAGGUUAUGCCCAAGCCCGACGGUGGCAACAGCAGUGGGAGCGGUGGCAUCAUCGCCUGCCAGCCCCGCGGCCCGUGGGAGGAACAGAGAGGCUGGAGUGAGCGAUGGAAGCGGCAGCGACAGCAACGAUGAUUUGUUCAGCAUGGACUACAAGCCUCUGCGAGAGCGGCUCCAGCAGACAGCGUCUACAACGGCAAGAACAUCCGCGGCAGGCGGACCGAGGGGUAACGGUAGUAGGGCCUCAUCUUCGUCUACGAACGUAUCCCGAUCACGACCCACUGCGGCCGCGUCUACUGAGGGGUUACGCGUUCUGGGUUGUUCCUCCGAUGAAGAGGAAGACAGCGACUACGGCGGUGGAGGCAAAGGGAAGGCCAGGGCCAAGGCAACGAAGGAGGGGAUGGGCAGCCGCGGCGGCGGCGGCGGCGGCGGCGGUAGCAGCGCUGCCACGGGUACCAGCAGUUGUGGCAUAGACAACGAGGAGGAGGAGGAGGCCGACUAUGCGGCUUGCACGCAGGAGAGCCAAGUUGUUGAUCUUCUCAGCGACUCCGACGAUGACGAAGGCGGGGUAGCGCCGGGCCGCUCGCAGCUUUGGAGCCGAGGAGGAGCGGGUGCGAGGGCAACAGCGCAGCAAGCCUCCAACAACGCAUGCGACAGCAACGAUGGCAGCGACGACGACGACGCGUCAGUCCUUGGGAGAAACGGCGACGGGGAUGACCCUGAUGCAGCAGGAGCAGCAGCAGCAGCAGCGGACUCUCCAUCAGACCUCGACUUGGACUCUCUGCUGCUGGCCUCCCAGGCGUCUUCCUGCGAUGGCGGACCGGGAGCGCGGCCAGCAAGAGCGAAGAAGCCUGGCGGCGGCGGCCGCGGGCGCGGAGUUGGAAGUGCGAGCGCGGCGGCGGCGGCAGCGGCAGCAGCAGCAGCAGACGUUGUUGGUGUCCUUGACGACAGCAGCGACGACGACUUCUCGAUGGACGGUGGGGGGGGGCGGGCGACGAGUUCGAGUUCGGCAUCGCGGGGAGGAGCGACUACUGCCAGCGGUGGUAACGAUGCUUCGGUGGGCGCGGCGACGGUUUCGAGGAAUGAGAAAGCCCCCGCGCCAAAGGAGCCCGCAGCGAACAGGAAACGGCAGCGGCAAGAGGCGGCCGCGGCCGCUAGGGAGCGGAAGGAGCAGGAGAAGCUGGCGCGCAAGCGCGAGAAGGAACUGGAGAAGCGUGAGAGGGAACUGGCCAAGCAGCGGGAGAAGGCCGAGAAGGCAGCCAAGACCAAACGGGACCAGCAGGCGCGUGGAAAUUUCAGGGACGAGGAGGUGGCUUGCGUGAUGGAACGACACUUCUUUGACAGCGCCCGCAACGCCCGCGCUCGCGCCGGAGCGGCCGAACAGCAAGGCCACAAGGAAAAGUUCAUGGUGGCCCCUGGCGACUGCGGGGCCGCUGGGGCGGUCUGGUGGACUCGACGAGCGCAUCUGGACGGAGGGGCGGCGGUUUCUGGCCCCGGGGUGCAGACGCUGGACAUUCUCGUCGUCGUCGUGCCACCAGAGACUCUGCUCGACCGACUAGGCCGUCCGGGAGCGGGGGGCCGGGGUCCCGGAGACGGCGGCGGCGGCGGCGGCAGCGACUUGUUCCGGGGUCUGGGUCAGUUCGUGGACGGCAUUAGAUCAUCGGCCGCGGGAUUCAGUCGCUUGGUGCUCGUUCUUGAGGGGGCGAAGGCCGCCAUAGACAAGCGGUGGGCCGCCUCGGCGCAUAGCAGCAGCAGCAGCGGCAAUGGCAAGGGGCCCGCCGGACGAUGCGCGAGAGACGACGAGUUCGAGGACGCGCAGUGCUGGCUCCUCAUCCACAAGGAAGUGGAGACUCGGCUUACCAAGAACAGCGAGGAGACCGGCCAGUACCUCUGGGACCUCACCAAGUCUCUCUCGAGCAUGCCCUACAAGGAUGAUGUGACGGAGCUCCACUGCGUCGCUCGGAGCAAGACCGAGGCGAGAGGGUCCGAGCGGUUCCCCGAGAAGGAGAAAGAACUCAUGGACACCUGGGUGAGAAUGCUCGAGCAAGUGCAGCACGUGAGCGGCAACAAGGCCGUCGAGAUCGCGGCGCACUACCCUCUCCCGCGCGACCUGGUGGCCGCCCUGUCGGACCCAUCCGUGCCAGAAGGGGAUAGGGCCGGCCUGCUGCAGAGGAAGAUGGGCAGCAGCUCGGAGCAGCGGAAGUGCGCGCGGCGGGUGUUUGAACUCUUCACCCAGGAGGACGGAGAUUUCGUUAUCGAUUGAAUCGGUUGGCAGCAGCUGGACUUGCGGCACUCGCAGUGUGUCUCCAGCGCCGCCCCCGCUGCCGCUACCGCCGCCGCCGCCACUGCAGCGCCGCCGCCGCUCCUAAAAAGCGGAAGGAUAAAAUCAAUUUUUCGUGGUAGUGGCUGCUUUGGAAAACGUUGUCAUUUGCCUUGUCGUUGCGACGAAACUAUUGUAGGCGCCGCGCAAUCACCCGUGCCGGGCGUUCGAAACCUUGAAACAGCAUUUGUGUGUAGAUAUUUUCAGGGUGAAGGCUGUGGGGCAUGGCGGCCGCUCGACGUUCGCAAACGCGGAGCAAUGUGUUACGUGCUGUAGUUUUUUCUUGUGUAGUCCACAUGGGGGAGUGACGUGAUGUACGUGUACUUGGGGCGACCUUGUACGUGGUUGCUCCGCCUGGUCUGCCCUUAAAGGCCUGACCCGGCCUCGACUGUCUCUCCUUCCCUACCGUUAACACUGCGGUUGUUGAUGCGGUUAUUUGUUUGUAGGGUUGCACAUCUCGGUGUCCACGUGUGUAUGGUGAGACGAAUGCCUUUGGAAUGUCAGUAAGUAACAAGGAAGUGUUUUUCGUUUGGAGGCUUCGCGCUUUCGAAGGCCGUAGUAAUGCGAACGUUUUGAUAACAAAAGAAGUUCCUUCGUUUGGAGGCUUCGUGCUUUCGAAGGCCGUAGUAAUGCCAACGUUUGGGGAGCGAACUGCAGCCGGCAAGCCGUCCUCGUGUAGUACCUGGUAGGCGGUGGUGAACUUCCGCGUGCCCCGAGUAAACCAACGCUCCGGGCUGAUAUUUAUCGAACGCUGGUAGAUGUUUUUCUUGCGAGGGUAGGCCCUGUUAUGUGUGUGUGAUUCUUGUUUUUUGUGCUAUGUUUAGCGAUCACAUGAGGAUGUACGAGUGGAUGCCAAUCCGGCAUUUCUGCAGAACGGGUGCUAUGUACGACCGAUUCGGCGUUGAUACGUGGGGCGUUGUGCCUGUAUUUUUACUUCU